UGCCUUAUAUCCACUGUCAUACUGUUAAAAAUUGACAUCAUAAGAAAAUUAUUUUUUAUUAAAUAAAUAAUUUAAACAAUAAUCUCCAAACGAUAAAUCAAUUUCUUGUUGUUUGUGUAAAAUAAAGUAAACAAUAUGGACGCACUUGAUCUUAUUGAAAAACGUAUCGACACACUCAAUCGCGUAUUGGGUCCAAUUCCGGAUAACGACGUCAAAGGAAGUGAAAAUUUCGUCGAUUCCCUACUCUCAGCAAAUACACUCCUUUCAUCUGCUUUAGCUGGUCGAGAUAACAUCAACAAAGUUCUACAACGCUCUGACGAGUUAGAACGCUAUCUCGAUCCGAAUUUCCUUGAAGAAACUCAACAAACCAAAGCAAAAGAAGUUUAUGUAAAUGCGGUGGCUCCUGAAAUUGCAACCACCUUCAAACAGCUAGAAGAGAUAAAAUCCCUCGAAAAAACACUUGGCGCUGAAUAUUUUCGAAAUAUUCCCGACAAAACAGACGAACUCAAGGAGUUGACGAAAAACAAUACCGAGUUUAAGCAACAAACUGAAUUCAUCGAAGAGAGUCUUAUUCUAGCUAUGAAGCGAUAUGGUGAACUCCAACAAGGUUUAGUUGAGUCGUUAGCUGCAAUGAACAAGAGACUAGAUCACAUUGAAGAGAAGCUACAAAAGAAGAAGGCAGCAGAUCUUAAUGUGGAUCUAGAACCACCAACCGAAUAGAAGAGAGAAGAAAAUUAUUGAUUUUCUAUUUUUUUCUUUAAUUAUAUUUAUUCCUUUACAAAUUUUUGAUCAUUUUUUUACAUUAAGAAAUAAUUAUAUAUUUUUUUCUAAUACUACAAUCAUUAUA